UCCGUUACAGUACGUUGCGAGCGGUCGCCGACAUGCGUCGCCGACAUGCGUUUUGAAUAAAUUUGUAUUAGAGAGUUGCAAAGCAACUGGCUAAGGAACUUUGGCUGCGGAAAGGACAAUUCUGCAGAUUUGCAGAUUAUAUUAUAUGAAGAAAUUAAGAAAAUGUUAAAACAAUGUUAAAACAUUACAAUGUUAAUGUUAAAAAUCUGCAAUGUGGAAAAGACGACAGCUGAAAAGGUCGUAUUAACGGGAUGAAUUGCAGUUCUCUACGAUACGAUAAAGAGCAAUCUCACGCCGAUAAUAGCCGAACAACACAGUCGCUCAGUAUCGAACAGUUCGCUGAAAGAAAAGCAAAAUGUUUGCCGUGUUUGUAUCUUUAAUACUCGUGGCAUUGACACUCCUUUAUCUCUACCUGACGAAUAAUAUUAAAUACUGGCAAAAACGCGGCAUACCUUGCGCAAAUGGUGCUUUACUGGGAGUUGGUCAUAUGUGGGACUUCAUUACAUCAAAAAAAAGUUUUCAAGAUUGCUGUCAUAAGAUCUACAACGACAAUUCGAAUCGCAGUGCGGUUGGUUUCUACAACUUCACGACGCCAACAUUGAUGGUUCUUGACCCGGAGCUGGUGAAGACAGUGUUGCAAACGAAAUUCACGUGCUUUCACGAGAACAACGUGACAGUCAAUCCUGAACUGGAUCCUCUGUUGGCGAACAAUCCCUUCUUCACAUACGGGGAAAAGUGGGUGAUCGGUAGGAAGCGUCUGACCUAUGCCUUCUCCAGCAUGAGAUUGAAGAUUCUGCUCGAGAACGUUAAACAAGUGUGUCAGCAGUUCGAGGACUUCAUCGACAGGAGAUUGAAUAAAACUGAGCAAGUGGAGAUGGAGUUGAAGGAUUUGUUCGCCAGGUACACUAUACAGGUGGUAGCAAGCGCUGGUUUCGGUGUGAAUGGAUUUUGCUUCGAGGACGAAGAGGAGCACAAAUCGUUCCUCAAUAUCGGGAAGGACCUAUUCAAUUCGUCCUUUCUGCACAACUUUAUGGUCACCAUUGCAUCCCUAUCACCUUUCUUGGGCAAAAUUUUCAGACUGAGAUUCCUAUCGAAGAAAAUUGACCAUUUCUUCCGAACGUUGGUCGCUAGCGUUAUGGAAGAGAGAAGAACAAGCAACACGCAGAGGAAUGAUUUCUUGCAACUGAUGGCGCAAUUGGAGCGCAUGGAAGGUGAUAAGUUCGAUAUAGAAGUUCUAGCAUCUCACGCUUCGUCGUUCUUCAUCGAUGGCGGCGAAACUUCCAGCACCGUAUUGAGUUUCGUUGGUUUUCAAUUAGCCACUCAUCCGGAAGUACAGAAAAAAUUACGCGAAGAAAUAGUGACCGUGCUCGCGAAAUAUAACGGCACGCUCACGUAUGACGGGUUGAAGGAAAUGACAUAUAUGGAUCAAGUCUUGAGCGAAUCGCAAAGGAUCAUGCCCGUGCCAGCGUACAUGAGCAAGGUUUGCACAGAAUCGGUUGAGUUGACGGGAUCUGACGGCUCUGUGUAUCACAUUGAAACUGGAAUGGACAUCUUGAUACCCAUCAAUGGCCUGCAUAAUGAUCCUCGUCACUGGGAGAAGCCUGACGUAUUCGACCCUGAAAGAUUCAGCUCAGACGGGAAACAGAGCAUCAAAAAGUUCACUUUCCUUCCAUUUAGUGAAGGACCACGAGCCUGUGUCGGGAUGAGGAUGGCUCUACUACAGAUGAAAGCGUGUUUGGCUGUGUUCCUGAAAAAAUACAGUUUAGAAUUGUCUCCCAAAACGGAAGUGCCUUUAAGGAUGAUUGCUACACUUAUCUUACCAAUCCCAAGGGGUGGUUUAUGGGUCUUUGUUCGACCGCUUUAACGGCGAAAAGAUUUUUUCUUUAAUCCUUUCUAUUUAUAACAUGUUGUAACAAUACAAUUUAUCAUCCACCUUUUGAUUGCUUUGUGAUAGUCCCAGCAUGAAAAAUCUAAUCGAAAACGCUAAAUGAACACUAUAAAAAAAGAAAGCUUUAUUCUUUUGCAGCAAAAAAAUAUUACGGAAAACACAGCAGCAUUCGCGCUUGCUGUUUCAUACCUGCCUUUCAGCAUCUGUUGUUUCGAAUCAGAAAAUGUCUUUAUCUUCUGUUCAACACUUUCCGCUAUUCCACGUAUCAGAAUUAUCAGAUAAUAAUCUCGCACCCAUUAGAUAAUAAAUAGCACUUGACCUAUUCGAUGUAACUUUGAUCUUAUCUCAGUUAUCUCAGUUAUAAUAUACGACGGAGAAGCGUCGAAGCGUGCAUGCUUCAACAUGCAUGUAAUAACAUCGAUCAAAGAAUGAGCGAUAAAUAAUAACUAUAGAAUGACGAUAAUUAACUAUAUAGACGACUAUAUAGACUAUAUAGACAACUAAUCGUAUAAUGAAAAAACUCUAACAGUGAUCGUUUUAUAUGCACUGUGCAACGUGGGACAAAUAUUAUGAUACUCAUUCAGGGUCUCAGAAAAAUCCUUGCUACUACAAGAAUCCAAAGAUAUUUGAUCCUAAAAAAUUCAGUUCGGACAGAAAACACGACAUCAUGAAAUGAAUUUAUUUUUCUUUUGGAGAAGGCUCUCGAAUUUGCGUGGGAAUGAGAAUAGGUCUAUUGCGAAUAAAAGCAUAUCUCACUGCACUCUUGAAAGGAUAUAACCUGGAACUUUUUCUGAAAAUACAGUUGCUCUUGAAGUUAGAGGCCCAAACUUUUCUAACCGUAUCAGUGGGUGAUCAGUGGCUUAGGCCUUCAUCUGGCCAAUCUAAUCAGGCGGAUUUUUAAUUCUCUUAUUAUAAUGUAACUUAUGUAAUGAAUUUCUUUUUUGUUCAAACAGUCGAUAACAGGAAGUGGUAAAUGAUAGUAAUGUAAAUGAUGAUGUAUACGUUUUGCACAUUAUAAAAGUUUUUAUAAAGUAAAAUUAUAAAGAGUUUAUUCGUUGAA